GCUUUUCAACACGACCUACAGCUACUACAGAGGCUGCAGGGCCACGUGAGGCUCGUGAUGUUGUGUCGCCCCGGCCACCCGUUGUAUACCUUGGUGUUGUGAAGGUCGUGAUGCCGUGCCGCCCCGGCCACUGCGUUAUGUGCCUCGGCUUCCUAUUGCCCGACUUCCUGUGGUUCCUGUUGCCCGGCUUCCUGUACCCCGGCUUCCUCUACCCCGACUUCCUGUUGGCUGAGCUCAUCAACGUCGUCAUCAACGUCGUCAUCAACGUUGUCAUCAACGUCGUCAUCAUCGGCGUCGUCGUCGAUGUCGUCGUCAUCGUCAAGGGAGACUCCCUCCCACUGUGAGUAUGCCGGCGAAUUGAGGGCAUGAGUCCGGACUGCCUGCCCGGUUGACCGGCCGGCUGUGUGGCUCUCGGCUGUGUAGU